CGCAAUGGAGUCAGGACUGCGUUACUGCUCCCCCCUUACUUCAGCACUUUCGAUAUCAUCGAAGCAAAUGCUUAGAAAUGAAGCUACUAUCUAGCAUCCUAGUCUUCCUGUCUGUCGCACAAGCUCACGCUUCGCCUACGAAAAUGCGCAACAAAUGUAUGAAAGAACCUUAUAUUGGCAGCUGUCAUCCAUUGUAUGGUUUAUGGUACUACGACCCUAACAGAUAUUCCUGUAGAGAGCUGACACCAGGCACAUGCGCCUCUGGGCGAAAUUUGUUCCCCACCCUCAGUGUAUGCAAGAAAACUUGCAUCCCGCUAACACUGGCUAACGCAAAAAUAUGCCUCAAGCUACCCAUUGAGGGCCCGUGUGGACCGCUGUAUGUCUCUUGGUACUAUGAUCAUGCAAGCCACUAUUGCAAAAUGUUCAACCGCACCAUGUGCGGCGGCGGUGGGAACGAUUUUGUGACGGAAGAGAAGUGUCAAGCUAUAUGCCUGCACAAGAACAAACCUUUGUGCAGCUUGCGACCCAGUCCAGGAAAGUGCUUGGGUAGCGCACUACAGUGGUAUUUUGACGAUGCCAGCAACAGCUGUCGUAAAUUCGCAAGUGAUCUCUGUGGCAGAAAUGACAAUUCAUUUUCAUCGAGGCGGAAGUGCAUGGAAAGAUGCAGCUAUAUUAAAGCUGUGGUGGGUUCCAUACCUGAAGCAGACAGGAUGCAGAAUCAGCUGUCGAGGCUGAAUAAGACUGGCGAAUCUACCCUCGCAAACCUCGCACUUACUGCCUGAUCUGGACACUCGGAGCCCAUCUGCUAAUCAGAGAGCCUCAGUCUACGAGGGGCUACAUUAAAUGCAUGGCUGCAUUACUGUGCUCAAUAUAAGAUGUUUUCGUUUUAAAUGUCAUCUCAGCAAAGAAAAGAUAAAGUUUAGCCUGAAA